AUGGGGACGGCGCUUCUCCAGCGCGGGGGCUGCUUUCUCCUGUGCCUCUCGCUGCUGCUCCUGGGCUGCUGGGCAGAGCUGGGCAGCGGGCUGGAGUUCCCGGGCGCUGAGGGCCAGUGGACGCGCUUCCCCAAGUGGAACGCCUGCUGCGAGAGCGAGAUGAGCUUCCAGCUCAAGACGCGCAGCGCCCGCGGCCUAGUGCUCUACUUUGACGACGAGGGCUUCUGUGACUUCCUGGAGCUCAUUCUGACGCGCGGUGGCCGCCUGCAGCUCAGUUUCUCCAUCUUCUGCGCGGAGCCCGCCACGCUCCUGGCUGACACGCCGGUCAACGACGGUGCAUGGCACAACGUGCGUAUCCGCCGGCAGUUCCGCAACACCACGCUUUUCAUCGACCAGGUGGAGGCCAAGUGGGUGGAGGUCAAGUCGAAGCGCAGGGACAUGACGGUGUUCAGCGGACUCUUUGUAGGGGGGCUGCCCCCGGAACUGCGAGCCGCGGCGCUCAAGCUGACGCUGGCCUCUGUGAGGGAGCGAGAGCCCUUUAAAGGGUGGAUUCGCGACGUGAGGGUCAACUCCUCCCAGGCCCUGCCGGUGGACAGCGGCGAGGUGAAGCUGGACGACGAGCUGCCCAAUAGCGGUGGGGGGAGCCCGUGCGAGGCGGGUGAGGAGGGCGAGGGCGGGGUGUGCCUCAACGGAGGCGUGUGCUCCGUGGUGGACGACCAGGCAGUGUGCGACUGCUCGCGAACCGGCUUCCGCGGCAAGGACUGCAGCCAAGAAGACAACAAUGUGGAAGGUCUGGCGCACCUGAUGAUGGGCGACCAAGGUAAAAGUAAAGGAAAAGAAGAAUAUAUUGCCACUUUCAAGGGAUCUGAAUACUUCUGCUACGACUUGUCUCAAAACCCCAUUCAAAGCAGCAGCGAUGAAAUAACUCUGUCCUUUAAAACUCUUCAGAGGAAUGGACUGAUGCUUCAUACCGGGAAAUCAGCUGAUUAUGUCAAUCUUGCCCUGAAAAAUGGAGCUGUCUCUCUGGUCAUUAAUUUGGGAUCAGGAGCCUUUGAAGCACUAGUGGAGCCCGUGAAUGGAAAGUUUAAUGAUAAUGCCUGGCAUGAUGUGAAAGUCACGAGGAAUCUGCGUCAGCACUCAGGCAUUGGACACGCUAUGGUAAACAAACUACAUUGUUCGGUGACAAUAUCAGUGGAUGGGAUUCUUACCACAACGGGCUACACGCAAGAAGAUUAUACCAUGCUGGGGUCUGAUGACUUUUUCUAUGUUGGAGGCAGUCCCAGCACAGCAGACCUUCCAGGGUCACCAGUCAGUAACAACUUUAUGGGCUGUCUCAAAGAGGUUGUAUAUAAAAAUAACGAUGUAAGGCUGGAAUUAUCUCGACUUGCCAAGCAAGGAGACCCUAAGAUGAAGAUCCACGGAGUGGUGGCAUUCAAAUGUGAGAAUGUUGCAACUUUGGACCCCAUCACCUUUGAAACCCCAGAGUCUUUCAUCUCUUUGCCUAAAUGGAAUGCAAAGAAAACAGGCUCCAUAUCAUUUGAUUUCCGUACAACAGAGCCAAAUGGCCUCAUUUUAUUUAGCCAUGGCAAGCCAAGACACCAAAAAGAUGCCAAGCACCCUCAGAUGAUAAAGGUUGACUUCUUUGCUAUUGAGAUGCUAGAUGGCCAUCUCUACCUCCUCCUGGACAUGGGGUCAGGUACAAUAAAAAUCAAAGCCCUGCAGAAGAAGGUGAAUGAUGGAGAAUGGUAUCAUGUGGACUUCCAGAGAGAUGGACGGUCAGGUACCAUUUCUGUCAACACCCUGCGCACACCCUACACGGCGCCUGGCGAGAGCGAGAUUCUGGACCUGGAUGAUGAGCUGUACCUGGGGGGCUUGCCGGAGAACAAGGCUGGCCUCAUUUUCCCCACCGAGGUGUGGACUGCCCUGCUCAACUACGGCUACGUGGGCUGCAUUAGAGAUUUGUUCAUCGACGGCCAGAGCAAAGAUAUCCGGCAAAUGGCUGAAAUUCAAAGUACUGCUGGAGUGAAGCCCUCCUGCUCAAGGGAAACAGCAAAACCGUGCCUUAGCAACCCUUGCAAAAACAAUGGCAUGUGCAGGGAUGGGUGGAACAGAUAUGUCUGUGAUUGUUCCGGAACAGGCUACCUUGGCAGGUCCUGUGAGAGAGAGGCAACGGUUCUGAGCUAUGAUGGGAGUAUGUUUAUGAAAAUCCAGCUCCCAGUGGUGAUGCACACAGAGGCCGAGGAUGUGUCCUUGCGAUUCCGAUCCCAGCGUGCGUAUGGAAUCCUCAUGGCAACCACCUCUAGAGACUCGGCAGACACCCUCCGCCUGGAACUGGAUGCAGGGCGUGUGAAACUGACGGUCAAUCUAGAUUGUAUCAGGAUUAACUGUAAUUCCAGCAAAGGUCCCGAGACCCUUUUUGCCGGCUAUAACCUCAAUGAUAACGAAUGGCACACAGUGCGUGUGGUCCGUCGAGGAAAAAGUUUAAAGUUAACCGUGGAUGACCAACAGGCCAUGACAGGGCAAAUGGCAGGCGAUCACACAAGGCUGGAGUUUCAUAACAUAGAGACUGGCAUCAUCACGGAACGCCGGUAUCUGUCUUCUGUCCCCUCCAAUUUCAUUGGACACCUGCAGAGCCUGACAUUUAAUGGAAUGGCAUACAUUGACUUGUGUAAAAAUGGUGACAUAGAUUACUGUGAGCUCAAUGCCAGAUUUGGCUUCAGGAACAUCAUAGCAGACCCUGUCACCUUCAAGACCAAAUCGAGCUAUGUUGCCUUAGCUACAUUGCAAGCCUACACUUCUAUGCAUCUUUUUUUCCAGUUCAAGACAACAUCCCUAGAUGGACUAAUUCUAUAUAAUAGUGGGGAUGGAAAUGACUUUAUUGUGGUUGAAUUAGUUAAAGGGUACUUACAUUAUGUGUUUGAUUUGGGAAAUGGUGCUAACCUCAUCAAAGGGAGCUCAAAUAAACCUCUCAACGACAAUCAGUGGCACAAUGUGAUGAUAUCAAGGGACACCAGCAAUCUCCACACUGUCAAGAUCGACACGAAAAUCACAACACAAAUCACCGCGGGAGCCAGGAACUUGGACCUCAAAAGUGACUUGUAUAUAGGAGGAGUGGCUAAAGAAACAUACAAAUCUUUGCCGAAACUUGUCCAUGCCAAGGAGGGCUUUCAAGGCUGCUUGGCAUCAGUUGAUUUAAAUGGACGACUUCCAGACCUCAUCUCAGAUGCUCUUUUCUGCAAUGGACAGAUUGAGAGAGGAUGUGAAGGACCCAGCACAACCUGUCAAGAGGACUCCUGUUCUAAUCAAGGCGUGUGCUUACAGCAAUGGGAUGGCUUCAGCUGUGACUGUAGCAUGACUUCCUUCAGUGGGCCACUCUGCAAUGACCCUGGGACGACAUAUAUCUUUAGCAAAGGUGGUGGACAAAUCACGUAUAAGUGGCCUCCUAAUGACCGGCCAAGUACACGAGCAGACAGACUGGCCAUAGGGUUUAGCACUGUGCAAAAAGAAGCUGUGUUGGUGCGAGUGGACAGUUCUUCUGGCCUGGGUGACUACCUAGAGCUGCAUAUACACCAAGGAAAAAUUGGAGUUAAAUUUAAUGUUGGAACAGAUGACAUCGCCAUUGAGGAGUCCAAUGCAAUCAUUAACGAUGGGAAAUACCAUGUAGUCCGUUUUACGAGGAGUGGUGGCAAUGCCACGUUACAGGUGGACAGCUGGCCAGUGAUCGAGCGGUACCCUGCAGGAAACAAUGAUAACGAGCGCCUGGCGAUUGCUAGACAGCGAAUUCCAUAUCGACUUGGUCGAGUAGUUGAUGAAUGGCUACUCGACAAAGGGCGUCAGCUCACAAUCUUCAAUAGCCAAGCAACCAUAAUAAUUGGCGGGAAAGAGCAGGGCCAGCCCUUCCAGGGCCAGCUCUCUGGGCUUUACUACAAUGGCUUGAAAGUUCUGAAUAUGGCAGCUGAAAAUGAUGCCAACAUCGCCAUAGUGGGAAAUGUGAGACUUGUUGGUGAAGUGCCUUCCUCAAUGACAACUGAGUCAACAGCCACUGCCAUGCAGUCAGAGAUGUCCACAUCAAUUAUGGAGACCACCACAACCCUAGCUACUAGCACAGCCAGAAGAGGGAAGCCCCCUACGAAAGAACCCAUUAGCCAGACCACAGAUGACAUCCUUGUGGCCUCAGCAGAAUGUCCCAGCGAUGACGAGGACAUUGACCCCUGUGAGCCGAGCUCAGGUGGGUUAGCUAACCCAACCCGAGCAGGCGGGAGAGAGCCCUACCCAGGCUCGGCGGAAGUGAUUCGGGAGUCCAGCAGCACCACGGGCAUGGUGGUGGGGAUCGUCGCGGCUGCUGCCCUGUGCAUCCUCAUCCUCCUCUACGCCAUGUACAAGUACAGAAACCGGGAUGAAGGCUCAUACCAUGUGGACGAGAGUCGAAACUACAUCAGUAACUCAGCACAGUCCAAUGGGGCUGUCGUAAAGGAGAAACAACCCAGCAGUGCGAAAAGCGCCAACAAAAAUAAGAAAAACAAGGAUAAAGAGUAUUACGUCUGAUCCCAGGAUCCCAAAAAGACCCUUGUAUAGAGAUAGUCUUCAUUUUAUCUGAGACAUAAUAUAAACUUAUCUCCUUUCCUUUUUACGAAGCACAUACAAAAGAAGACAGGGAAUGCAAUCAGGAAGGAAAGACUGUUUUUAAAAAAUAAAAACAAGUAUCUCAUGCUCUUGUUUCUCCAAAAAAAAGAAAGAAAAAAAACAAAACAGGGGCCAAUAAAUUCCCUAACAUCCACAGUGUUUUCAUUUACUCUGCCUGUCUUUAUGUUGCUGGAACACUCCUAAAAGACAGUGAUGACCGCACGCAUUCAUAAAGCAAAGGAGUAUUACAACAUCAAGGCACAACACUAAUACAACACAACACACACCACAAAAAAAAAAAAAAAAAAA